AAUGAUCGUACCAGUAUAUUAACAGUAGCGGUGUGUCCAGGGCGAGGAGACGUCCAGCCCCAGUGUGAUGUGUAAUGAUAGUACCAGUAUAUUAACAGUAGCGGUGUGUCCAGGGCGAGGAGACGUCCAGCCCCAGCUGAACAGCGCCAUGCAGGACGUCAGUGAUAAAUACCUGCUGCUGGAGGAGACGGAGAAACAGGCCGUCAGGAAGGCCCUCGUCGAGGAGAGGAGCAGGUUGUGCACCUUCGUCUCCAUGCUACGACCUGUCGUGGAUGAGGAGAUCUCCAUGCUAGGAGAGGUCACCCACCUCCAGACCAUAUCUGACGACCUCAAGAUGCUGACCAUGGACCCUCACAAGCUGCCCCCCGCCAGCGAACAGGUGAUUCUGGAUCUGAAAGGCUCUGACUAUAACUGGUCCUAUCAGACUCCUCCCUCCUCCCCCAGCACCACUAGGUCCAGGAAGUCCAGUAUGUGCAGUCUGAACAGCGUAAACAGUAGUGACUCUCGCUCCAGCGGCACAUCCCACUCUCACUCCCCUUCCUCCUCCUCCUGCUCCUCCCACUACGGCUACCGUAGCUCCACCCUGCCCCAGCAGGCCGCGGCACGACUGUCCUCCAUGUCCUCCCAUGACUCAGGAUUCAUCUCCCAGGCAGACACCUACACCUCCAAGUCACCAUCACCCAUGCCCCAGGAAACACUACCGCAGCCUUGCUCCAGCUCUGGCUCGUCUGAGGCCUCUGACACCUGCCAGUCAGUCAGUGAGUGCAGCUCUCCCACCUCAGGAGGGCCUCUGGCUGCAGUUGACAAGUUGUCUAACGGGUAUGACCACUACGGGGAUCACCAUCAUUCAGACUCUUCAUACCUGAUGGGAGGGGGCUCAGGCCUGGGGGGGUCCUACCUGAUGGGAGGGGGCUCAGGCCUGGUGGGUUCCUACCCCCUCUUCCCUCCCUCCUCCCAUUCCACCUCCAUCACCACCUCCUCCUCCUCCUGUCCGUCCCAGUCGUGGUCCAGGCCGGGCUCGGCCCUGCUACCUGACUACCCUCAUUACUGCACCCUGGGGCCUAACAUGGUCCCCACCUCUAAAGUCCCCAGCUGGAAGGACUGGGCUAAACCAGGACCCUAUGACCAGCCCAUGGUGAACACCCUUAGAAGGAGGAAGGACAAGGAUCCUGUACCAGCAGACACCAGCUAUGCCCCACUACCACUGCCUGCUGGUGUCAUCCCAGCACCUGGGGGCAGGAGUCUACCACUGCCUGCUGGUGUCAUCCCAGCACCUGGGGGCAGGAGUCUACCACUGCCUGCUGGUGUCAUCCCAGCACCUGGGGGCAGGAGUCUACCACUGCCUGCUGGUGUCAUCCCAGCACUUGGGGGCAGGAGUCAACCAUUACCUCCACCACCCAAGGUGUGUGAGAUGGAGACCCAUGAGGAGCUGGCUCUGGCCCUGUCCAGAGGUCUACAGCUGGACUCACACACACAGCGUUCCAGUAGGGACUCUCUACACUGUUCUAGUGGCUACAGUACCCAGAGUACCACCCCGUGCUGUUCAGAGGACACCAUACCUUCACAAGUGUCAGACUACGACUAUUUCUCCAUGGGAGGGGACCAGGAGGUUGACCAGCAGGAGUUUGACAAGUCAUCCACCAUCCCCCGUAACAGUGACAUCAGCCAGUCCUACCGUAGGAUGUUCCAGUCCAAGAGACCAGCCUCGACCGCCGGCCUACCUUCUACGGCUGGCUCCGUCAUCAUGACCCCUGGGGUCGCCACCAUCCGCCGCACGCCCUCCACCAAGCCCUCGGCCCGCCGCGGGACCACCGGCCCCAUCCCCAUCCGGACCCCCGUCAUCCCAGUCAAGAUCCCCACCGUGCCUGGCCUCGUUGGGGGAGGAUUCUCUGGGGGGCUGGGGAUUCCUGUAGGACCAGGAGUAGGGAUGGAGGAACCAGAGGAGGCCCAGAGCCCUGAGUCUCCAGCCCAGGGAGAGGAGGGGGAGCUGGGUGUACUUCCCCUGGCGUUCUGGAGUGGUCAAGCAACCACAAACCCUCCCUUGGCCCCUCACCAGCCUAGGGUCCAGUGUCAGGGCGAGGGGGGGUCCCUGGAGGAUGGGGAGGUUAUGGAUGGUCAGGGGGGAAACAUGCUGCUGGUUAUCCAGAGAGGGGUCAAGCUGAAGAGGACCAAUACCAACGAUCGCUCAGCACCGCGCAUCGUAUAAGAGGAGAGCCACCGUGGCAGCAUCAGAGGAGGGCAUCCUACCUAGCUGUACCUAGCUAGCCUACCGCCUGCCCAUUGACAGGACAGACAGGACACAGCUCAUGUCCUCUGUGCUAAGGGGGGGUCUCCUGUAUACUACUUAUACCGUCCAGCGGCCUCAGUGACAGACAGGACACAGCUCAUGUCCACUGCGCUAAAGGGGGGGUCUCCUGUAUACUACUUACCG